AUGACCGAGGAGCCUGGGCGGAAAGACGGCGAGCUCGGACACCCCCACUGCAGCAUGGGCUGCGGACACAAGGACGACAAAGCCAGCCUGGCUUCGAGCCAGAUAGCAUCCUUCAGCCACCAGCCCCCCUCCACUCCUGCCUCCAAGGAAGUGUGGAAAAAGGGCGGCCGCAUGUUCUCCAUCCUGCUGGCCGUGCACUUGGCCCUGCUGGCCUGCACGCUGGUGAGCAGCGGGGCUUUCGAGAAGAUCGCCGUGCACGACUACGAUGUCUUCUUCCUGCUGACAGUCAUGAUGCUGAUUGUCAUCAUCUGGAUCAUCUUCUACCUCGCCGGCACCUCCCGGUGCCCGGGUGCCAUCCUUGGCAAGGACUCCCAUGCCGGGCCCAUCUGGCUGAGAGGAGGCCUGAUCCUAUUUGCCAUUUUCAGCCUUGUCAUGGAUGUGUUCAAAAUAGGCUAUUACUCAAGCUUCUACAGCUGCCUGUCUGCAAUCAAAAUCAUCUACCCCAUUGUGCAGGCAAUAUUUGUGAUUGUCCAGACAUAUUUCCUGUGGGUCUCUGCCAAAGACUGCAUCCAUGUGCACCUGAACGUUACCAGGUGUGGCUUGAUGCUAACGCUGACUACAAACCUGGCAGUGUGGAUGUCAGCAGUGACAGAUGAGUCUGUCCACAAGGCACAUUCAAAGCUGAAGAAAAACAUGACAGAGGAAAUCUUCAGGUGGCUCCUGAAAGUGGGAAUGAGAAGCAGCUCAGUUGAAGAAUGCAAUUGCAACAGCCAAAUCUGCCAGAUCUUCAAAAAUGGUUACUUUUGGCUGUAUCCCUUUAACAUUGAGUACAGUCUCUUUGCCUCUGCCAUGGUCUAUGUCAUGUGGAAGAACGUUGGACGCUUCAUAGACCACCAUUCCCACCACAUUCAGCGCCUGAAGUUCAGGCUCUUCCGAAGGACCUUCUUUGUAGGCAUCAUGUUGGGCCUUAUCAUCCUCGUGAGUGGUUUGGGAGUCCUCAUCCUGUAUGAGGUGCAGGUAAAUUCCAGCACUGAAUCCAGCAAGAAGAACCAAGCACUCACCAUGUACUACAUUUUCAACAUUGUUUGUCUGAGCCUAAUGUCUCUUGUCUGCAUCGGUGGCUCCAUCAUCUACCGGUUUGACAAGAGGGACAUGGACAGGCACAAGAACCCCACCAGGACCCUGGACGUGGCCCUGCUGAUGGGGGCAGCCUUGGGGCAAUAUGCCAUUUCCUACUACUCCAUUGUGGCCAUCGUGGCCAGCACUCCAAGGGACGCUAUCAGCGCGCUCAACCUCACCUACGCCCUCCUAAUGAUCGCCCAGCACACCUUCCAGAACGUCUUCAUCAUCGAGGGCCUCCACCGGCAGCCCCCCAAGGAGGACUGCAAGCACGAGCCUCACCAGAAGGACCUGUACGGGCUCACCUUUGUCAACAUCAACGCAGUGUCCCUGCGGGUGCCCGACACCCGCUGCACCUUGGCCACUGGCACGGCUUCUGGCACGGAAGCCAUGCACGCUUCUGACCUCGUGAGGUCCCUCACUGCCCCCAAGAAGAUGAACUGGAGGAGGAAGUUCUUGAGGGAGAUCUCCAUGUUCCUGCUGCUGAGCAAUAUCAUACUCUGGAUCAUGCCAGCCUUCGGUGCCCGGCCCCAGUUUGACAAUGACACAGAACUGAACUUCUAUGGCGAUUCCAUGUGGCCGGCCAUCGUGGACAUUUGCCUGCCCUUUGGGAUCUUCUACCGAAUGCACGCUGUGGCCAGUUUGCUGGAGGUCUACAUCAUGUCCUAA